UGUCAAGCUCAAGGCUAUUCGGUCACUUACUUCUUGGUGUCCAAAGUACCUACUUCCCAAUAACGACCCGAAGUUAAUAGCCUUGCCUAAGCGGCAUUUAAGUGUUGGAUCAUUUGUAACUUGUCUAUAAUUGCAAACCUACCGAUUCUAAAAAAGAGGCAAUAGAAAUUCCGUAAUCAAGUACCAAUUAGACUGUCGACGUCAGUGAUUAUUCGAUUACGGAAAUAAUUUACUUACCAAGUGAAGAGACACCACGAGUAUACUGAUUGUACUUGCAAGUGCAAUGAUCGCCGUUGCCUUCGUAUGGUUCGCUACACUGCUCCACGUGGCGCGUUCUUACGGGUCUGAGCCACACGUGGAAAUUCGGCAGGGUAUCUUGAAAGGCUCAACGCAUAAGACGUGGAGUGGACAAACCUUUCUGGCAUUUCAGAGUAUUCCGUAUGCCGAACCUCCUGUAGGAAACAGACGAUUUCAGCCUCCAGUACCCGGUAAGUCCUGGCGAGGUGUUUUUGACGCAACCAAGCCACACGCAGCUUGUCCCCAAGUAUCUAUAUUUCUGUACAAUAACUCAGCCUCAGAGAGCGAAGACUGCUUGUUUCUUAACGUGUACACUCCUAACACAACUGAUCUUUUACCAGUGGUCUUCUUUAUCCAUGGCGGUGGUUUCAUGUGUGACGACAGCAAUAUGGACAUGUACGGUCCGCACAUUCUACUUGAUCGGGACAUAGUUUUGGUUACAUUUAACUAUCGAUUGGGUGCGUUUGGAUUUCUCAGCCUGGAGGAUGAGGCGUUGCCUGGGAAUAACGGGUUAAAGGAUCAAAGUUUGGCUCUACGAUGGGUUAAGGACAACAUCCGCAGCUUUGGAGGUAAUCCUGACAGCGUCACGAUUUUUGGCAAUUCUGCAGGAGGAGCGAGCGUGUAUUAUCACGUACUGUCGCCACUUAGCAAAGGAUUAUUUCAUGCUGCCAUAUCCAGCAGUGGUAUUGCCACGAGUACCUGGGCGUUGACAAGGAAGGGCGUUGCGCGUGAGUUCUGCAGAAAGCUCGCCGAUAGAUUGAAUUGUCCUGUAUCUCCAAGUCAAACCACAGUAAAAUGCUUGCAGGCAGUCAGCUUUGGUGAAAUUUCCAAAGAAGUUUUAAAACUAUUGCUGAGCGACUUAGAGCACAGUAUGCUGUUGACCCCUAUUAUUGAACCCAAAUUACCUGGAGCGUUUAUAAGUGAUCACCCGGUUGAUGUAAUUAGGUCAGGAAAAUUUUCCCACGUGCCAUACAUGACCGGCAUAACGACCAAUGACGGCGCCCUUUUAUCCGCUCGGAUGUAUAGUAACCCACCCACUAGGAGUUUAAAUGAAGAUUUUGAGGAUACCGUCUCGACAAUUUUCUAUUAUGAGAAUCUCACCACCAUACAGAACGUUUCAAAGGAAAUUAGAAAAUUUUACGUUCAAGAUAAGCCCUUUGAUCACAACACCAAGGCUGACCUUACGGACAUAGGCACCGACGUAUUCUUUUACUACCCCGCCAGGGCAACGAUAGAGCUCCAUGCCAAAUAUUCAACCCAGCCUGUGUACUUCUACUUAUUUGGUUACAGGGGUUCAUACACCCACUUAUCGGAUUACGGGGACACCUCCUACAACUACGGUGUUGUUCAUUCUGACGACAUCGUCUACCUCCUGAGUGACGCACAACUGGCCCUCCACAACUCAACUACAACAGAUAUACAAAUGCGGACAGUUAUGACAACGCUAAUAGACAACUUUGCGAAGAGAGGGGACCCGACCUCCAAACUCGACUGCUUCAUCACGCAAAAAUGGGAACCCGUAAAGCGUAACAAGUUCAAUUACUAUGCAAUAAUGGGACCAAACGAUCUCAGAACGGAAUCGACUCUUUACGAAGAACGCUAUAAUUUCUGGAGGAAACUGCCUGUUUUCUGUGAAUUGCAUGAUGAAUUGCUGAGAUAAAAGUCGCGUUUAACUUAUUUUGUCACAGUAAUAGUGUCUUUGUACGUCGCUUUUGUUAAUAAAAUACUGUAACGUAAAUUUAAUUACGUAUAAAUAA